GUAAACGAUAAUAAUUCCAUUCCAUAAUUUGUAUGUACCUACGUACGUACCUAUUGUAUUUGUUUUGUCUGUUCCACAGAUAUUCAUUCAAUCUCCUGUAGAUAAAUUAAUUAAAUGUCUGUGUGAUGUCCUGAUACUUGAAAUAAUGAUUUACGAACAACAGUCUAUCAUAUACUUUUUUAUAUUCCUCACCGUCGUACCAAUAGUAUUUUCCGAAAGCAACCCAUACGCUGACGAGCCUUAUCGACCACUAGGCCCGCUUGUAAAAUGCAACUUUCUACCGAUAGAAUUCCUAAACUGCAAGGAGCCUUUAGACCAUAAAGGCAAUCACUCAGCGCGAGAAGCUGCUGGACACGGCUGUGUUAAAUUUGGAGGCGUUCGUUAUGAAGAUGUGGAAAGAACAAAAGUGCAGUGUGAAGUGCUUAGCAACAUAGAAUGUCAUGGGAACAGGGUUUUUUUGAAGGAUGGUUUUCCUUGUGUGCGAUACUCGGGCCACUAUUUCACCACGACUUUGAUCUACAGUAUUUUAUUAGGUUUUCUGGGCAUGGACCGUUUUUGCCUGGGGCAAACUGGCACAGCUGUCGGCAAGCUGCUCACAUUGGGUGGACUGGGCAUUUGGUGGAUUGUUGAUGUAGUUUUAUUGAUAACAAAUAGUUUACAUCCUGAAGAUGGGAGUAACUGGAAUCCAUAUGUAUAGAUUUAUUGUAAUUUAAGGAAAAUGUACAUACUGUAAUCUAAUAAAUUAAUUUUUUUA